CCUUUAUAUUGUAUAUGGACCCCUGAAAACAAACAAAACAUCAAACAUACCAUUUUAGGCACGAGUAUGAUAUAUGCGAUACGUCACGAGUACCCAUUUUGUAUCUGUUUUAUCCAAUGACAGCCGAGGUUUUGUCACCCACGUGCCUAGGGGUGGAGCUAUAAAAUUGAUCAAAACCUGUCACUGCGAUAUGUUUCCCGACAAUUUCUGACACGUAUCAUUCUGUCACAGUAGUCCAUUCAUUUCUAGUGAGACUGUCAACCAUGGCGGAUCAUGAACUGAUCAUUGAUGUCGAUGUAUUUACCGACCAAGUAUGAGUAUGAACUGGAAGAUAGUGACACUGUAGCUACUGACAUUGGAUUAUUUGAUACCAAGGAAUUAACGUAACCAAUUGUUGUAAAUAAACUGAAUGGUAAUGUGAAAAACAUGUGAAAGACUGCAGGAUUCGAGGUAAAUUACACAAACGGUAACUGCUCCGGAAAGAGGACCUGCGCUACUUCCCUUUACCAAGCAGACUCAUUAUGACGGCAGCACAAGGAAAUGUGAUCAUCGUACAACCUCAAAGUACCACCAAUAGGGAUAUUCUUGGUCCAGUCCAAGGCCAUCGUGGUUGGUCCACAGGCCUCUGUGGCUGCUUCAGCGACUGUGUAUCGUGUUUAUUGACGCUUUGUUGCCUGCCGUGUAUGGAGUGUAGGAACGCCUCCAGACUGGGAGAGUGCUGUUGCUUACCAUAUUGCUGUCUAGGGGCGAGCAUGGCAAUGAGGGCAAGGCUGAGGACACUUGGAGGCAUACAGGGUAGUAUCUGUGACGAUUGCUGUGUUGUCACCUGCUGCCCGAUGUGUGCUGUCUGUCAGAUGUCACGUGAACUCGACAAUAUGGGCGUGUAGCCAACCAAUCCAGCUUGGCAUGUGACCAACGAUAUAUAACGUGGAAUUCUAUUGGUUAUCCCAAAAGGACACUUGCCUGUUAUUCGAUCCAAUAGAUAUUAACAUCCUGUCAAUAAAAUUUGUUGAAAUGAAAAAGGACACAGCGAUUGGUUGAUGAGAUUUCCGGAACAUGCACUGCUAGACCAAAUAUUCACCCAUUGUAGUGAAACGUAGUGAAUUGUUUAAAAACGUCGAUUUUUUUAAUAGUGUUGAAAUAAUAAAUUUGAUGCCGAUGAA